AUUCUCAGGAGAAGGGGACAGCCGAAGAUUCAAUUGGGGUUGGGAGAGGGCAGGCACGGUUGGGGACCUUCUGUUGGUGAAGCUCUGAAAUUCCUCUUUCGUUCCGGUUCUAAUCUUCUAGGGUAUCUGUGGUCCUCAGUGACCCUCUUUUGGCUGGCCUACCCCGGGACUUUGACUACUGUGUUUCUCAUCUCUGCUCAUCUCCUUCACUCUCCAUCACAUCUUGGCCUGCUAAGGAGAGGGGCAAGUACUCACCACCUCUUGGAGAGCCUGGGUCCUCCUCAGACAAGGCUUUGGACUGUAUGACCCACUGGUCCACGACCUUGGAGCCUGAGAUCGUAAACACUGCUUCUGAACAAGCAGUGAAGUCUGUGGCCUGGCAGAAGGAGUGGGAUUCAGCACCUCAGCCUCAGGAGGCUACAUCCUAUUCCAACUCAGACUUGAGCAAGGACCAAUGUCAUGACCAGGAACUUGUGAAGAGGAACCACAGCAUAGUCAAGAAAUCCCUGGAGCCCAGCUCUUCCAAAGUAAAAGUUAAGAACACCAUGCUGAUUCCUGACUCUCAGAAGCUCUUGCGAUGUGAACUGGAGUCCCUCAGGACCCAGCUGCAGGCUCAGAGCAAGGCUUUCGAGUUCCUGAACCACUCCGUAACCAUGCUGGAGAAGGAGAGCUGUCUGCAACAGAUCAAGAUCCAGCAGCUCGAAGAAGUGCUGAACCCCACGAGUCGCCAAGGAGAGGAUGGCCGUAAGUGGAGCAAAGAGCAGACCCAACACGAGCUGUAUGGGGCCCUGGCUCAAGGCCUGCAGGGGUUGCAGAAGACACUGAAGGAAGGUGAGGAAUUGCAACGGUCCCGUACCACUCGCUGCCUGCAGCUGUUGGCCCAGGAGAUCCGGGACAGCAAGAAGUUCCUGUGGGAGGAACUGGAGCUGGUGCGGGAAGAGGUGACUUUCAUCUAUCAGAAGCUCCAGAACCAGGAGGACGAGAUCUCAGAGAAUCUCCUGAAUAUCCAGAAGAUGCAGAAAACACAGGUGAAGUGCCGCAAGGUUCUUACCAAGAUGAAGCAGCAGGCAUGUGACUCAUCUUCAUGGCCAGAGGCUGAGGGGGUGCCCGCAGACAGCGGUGGUUGCUGGAAGGAUGACCUCCAGAAGGAGCUGAGUGACAUAUGGUCUGCUGUUCACAGUCUGCAGAGCUCCAUCGACUGUCUUGCUUUGUCCAUGGGCACCAGACCAAAGGCUUCCAGUCUCAGGGGCCAGAAAGGACACCAGUGCCAGAGUUCUCAGUGCCCCUCCUGGGACUCCGAUUCUGACUGGGAGAGACCUUUCAGCAAGAGCGGAUCCUACCCUCCCGGUACAGACCCUACUCAACCCCUCUCCAUCCCUUACCAUCUGGCCCACUUGUGAUUCCCACAGUGUAGGCCUUGAGGCUAGCACUGUACCUGGGCAUUUGGUCCCUGGCUGGCAACCCUGAGUUCUCCUGGUUCAAACCAGACCACGACCUACCUUCUCUCCCCAUAGCUUGAGCAGCUGGGACUGCUUGCCCUGAAGACCCCUCCAGAGAGAAAAUAAACUAGCUGAGACCUUCGUCCACCCUGGACUUUUGCACCUGCUGGUUCAAGAGUCUGGGGUCCUCCCCAUGCCAACCCCAGAUAACUCUGGUAUCUCAAAGGAGGCACUUUUCAGGAUGUGUGGACAGUGAUCAAGAUUUAGGGUGUAUUAGUUGGGCAUGUAUGUGAUACAAGCACUAGGGAGGUAGGUGGAAGGAAGGUCACUUUAAAGUUAACACAGCCAAGUAUGAGACCAGCCUGAGCUACAGAAGACCUUGUCUCAAAAUCAAAGUGGGCCUGCCAAAUGGCUCACUGGGUAAAGGCACUUACUGCCAAGUCUGAAGACCUGAGUUUGAUCCUAGGGACCCUCAUGGUGGUAGAGAACUGGCUCGUGCAAGUUGUCCUCCAACCUAUAAAUGCACACCGACACACACCCCAAUAAAUAAAUGUUCUUAAAACCUU